AUACUCCUUUUUCUUUUCUUUUCUUUUUCUUCUACCAAAGAGACUGAUAGAGUAGCCGCCGACUAACUCCCUUUCUUCUUUCUCAUCACUUCAGACUUCAUCUCACCACCACCACCAUGAGCAGAUCAGGACAACCACCAGAUUUGAAGAAGUACAUGGACAAACAGCUUCAGAUCAAGCUGAAUGCAAAUCGAAUGAUUGUUGGCACUCUCCGUGGCUUCGACCAGUUUAUGAAUUUGGUUGUUGACAAUACUGUGGAGGUAAACGGCAACGAAAAAAAUGACAUAGGGAUGGUGGUAAUCAGAGGAAAUAGUGUUGUCACUGUAGAGGCACUUGAACCAGUAGUGAACAGGAUCGGAUGAUUUAUGUUUCUAAUUGUAAACUUUUAUAAGUAAAUUUCAAGGUUUCAAGAGGAAAAUGUAAUUGUGGAUCUUUAAUAUGGCCAUGAUGGAGACUAAUCUGAUUCUGUAGUUCUUUAUCUUGUUGAUUUGUGAGGACAACUUUAGUGUUUUAGUGGCUGGUUAAUUUUUAUAUUUGGCAAUUCUCAUUUUCUUUCUAUGUUAUUUAAUCUAAAAUCACUGUUGUUGGUUGAGCUAUUA